AUGACGAUGCAGGUCGUUGCCGGCGUCCUGCUCCUCGUGCUCGUCGGCCUCAACAAGCCUUCCUCGGUGGCCGCCGAUUUCUGCGACAACCUUAAACAGGUCGCCGCCACCCUCCCAAAGAACACCUCCUCUUCCCCCCUGCACUUCGCCACCGCCACCUUCGGCCAAGCGCCCGACGUCGUGUACGCGCUCGCGCUCUGCCGCGGCGACGUCCUCAACGACACAGCCUGUGGCGACUGCGUCGCUAGCACGUUCGACAUGGUGACACCGCCGCCGCCGCAGACCUGCUACCAGCCUGCCUACUACUACGGCGGGAUCUGCAGGCUCGUCUACUCCGGCGACAACAUCCUCGCGCCCUCCAAUACCACGGGGGGCAACGGCGACGACACGCCGUUCACGCGAUGGAACCCCAACAACAUCACUGCCGGCGGCGGCGACGCCGGCGACAAGCGCCUCAUCGUCAGCCGCGUCCACGAGCUGGUGGUGGAGACGGUGCAGCUCGCGGCCAGCACGGCGCCGCGGCGGUUCGCCACGGGCGUCGUGGACAGCGGCACGAUAUUUCCCAAGGUGUACUCGCUGGCGCAGUGCACGCCGGACCUAUCCGCCGGCGACUGCCUGGCGUGUCUCCAGCGUCUCCUGGACAUGGUCAACUCCACCAUGGCCCUGCGCAUGGGAGGACAGAUCCAUGUCAUACGGUGUUAUUUCAGGUACGAGGCGUCUGCGUUCUACGACAGCAACCCCAUGCUGCAGCUUGGGCCGUCGGCGCCAGCGCCAGCCCCGAACCCGGUGAAACACAAGAGGCGUACGAGCAAGCUGUGGGUAAUUCCAGUAGUUGUGGUUCCUGUAGCGGCAGUAGCACUUCUCUGCUUCAUCUUCUACCCCCCUUGGUUCAGAAGGUACAGGAGAGGCAAAGAAAUGAGGUUACAAGCAGGAUCAAGGCGUACUCAGGACUUGCAUGGAGAGGAAGCACUAGUUUGGGAUGGGAAGAAUUCAGAGUUCUCCGUGUUCGACUUUGAACAGGUACUGGAGGCCACAGAUAAUUUUUCAGAAGAAAACAAACUUGGACAAGGUGGCUUUGGUGCUGUCUAUAAGGGCCAGUUUGCUGAUGGAUUGCAGAUAGCAGUCAAAAGACUUGCUUCACAUUCAGGGCAAGGUUUCACAGAGUUCAAGAAUGAAGUCGAACUCAUAGCCAAACUCCAACACAGGAAUCUAGUUAGGCUCUUGGGAUGCUGCUCUCAAGAAGAAGAGAAGAUAUUGGUCUAUGAAUACUUGCCAAACAAAAGCUUAGACUUCUUUAUAUUUGAUGAAAAUAGAAGAGCUAUGCUAGAUUGGUCCAAACUUCUAGUGAUAAUUGAAGGAAUAGCACAUGGACUUCUUUACCUACAUAAGCACUCCCGGUUGCGUGUCAUACAUCGAGAUCUUAAGCCAAGUAACAUUCUCUUGGACAGUGAAAUGAAUCCUAAAAUUUCAGAUUUUGGUCUUGCAAAAAUAUUCAGCUCAAAUAACACUGAACGGAACACUACACAAAGAGUGGUUGGCACAUAUGGCUAUAUGGCUCCGGAGUAUGCUUCCGAGGGCAUCUUCUCGUUUAAAUCAGAUGUCUUCAGCUUUGGUGUUCUUGUUCUUGAGAUCCUUAGCGGAAAACGGAAUUCUGGCAGCGAUCAAUGUGGAGAUUUUAUCAAUCUCGUUGGAUAUGCAUGGCAAUUAUGGGAUGAGGAGAGGUGGAUUGAUAUCGUGGAUGCCUCAUUGGUAAACAAGAGCCAGUCCUCAGAAAUGAUGCAGUGCAUUAACAUUGCAUUGUUGUGCGUACAAGAGAAUGCAGCUGAUCGACCAACCAUGGCAGAUGUGGUUUCCAUGCUAAGCACUGAGACGACCACAAUCCUGGCUGAACCUAAGAAGCCACCAUAUUUCCAUGUGAGGGUUGGAAAUGAGGAGGCACCCAUUACUGCUACUGAGUCAUGUAGUAUAAAUGAUAUGACCAUAUCUGUCACAACUCCUAGAUAA